AUGCAGGGCGCCUCCUGGCUGCAGCAGGCGGCCGCCCCGGCCGCGCCGAGCGCCGACGGCGACCGACCCGCCUUUGGCGCCGCCGCCGCCGCCGCUGGUGCCGCUCUCGCGCUGGCUCAGGGCUCGCCGCGCCUCAUGAUGGCUCCCUCCCAGGCCCUGCUGCACAUCCCCUGGGCGCUGGAUCAGUUCCAAUGGGAUUCUGCAGCACUGACCGCCACCCAGGCGGCGGCGCCGCCCUCUGCCGCUCUCGCCGCUCAAGGUGCGGCAGCCUGGGCCCAGGCGCAGCCAUUCUCGCAGUUUGACGGCGCUGCGGCCGCAGCCUCCGACGCCAGCGGCAGCAGCAGCCUGCUGCCGGGGUGGCCGGACGCAGCGGCGCCGGCGCCGGAUGCGGCGGCGAUGGCAUUCGGCGGCAGCAGGGGCGGCGCCGCGUGCCAGGUGUGCCACGCCGACGUGAGCGCCCUGAAGGAGUACUACCAGCGGUACAAGAUCUGCCCCAACCACUGCGUCAUGCCCUGCAUCGUGAGGGGUGGCGAGCACCUCCGCUUCUGCCAGCAGCUGGAGCGCCACAACGAGCGGCGCCGCAACCUGACCAGCCAGAAGAAGAAGAAGGGGCAGGAAGGGGCUGGCGCCGCUGUGGGCGGCGCAGCCACCCUCGGGGCCCCGCUCGCCUCCACGGCCGGCCCUGGGGCCGAGAACCGCCGGCGGCGGCAGAAGAGAGCGGCGUCUGCCGAGGCGGAGGAGGCGCCAGGCGCCGCGGCGCAGCCGGCGGUGCUGCCCAGGGUGCUUGCGCCAGCCGGGGCCGCGCCAGCCGGUAUCGCCUCAGGGCGGGGCCAGGCUGCGAUGGACCUGGACGAUCUGCCCCUGCUGCUGGGCAUGGCAGGCGUGCCGUCCCCGCCAGCCACGCGCCUGCUGCAGCUGCCGCCCUUGCCUGGCCUGCUGUCGCCAGAGCUGGGCAUCGAGGGCCUGCUGGUGCCCUCCCCGCCGCGGCUGGCGCCCAGCCUCCCUCCAGGCUCUGCGGCGCAGGCAGCAGCGGCAGGCCCGGCGCAUCCCACGGUGCAGCCCCGUGCAGGCAGCGAGCAGCAGGAGCAGCAGCGCCAGCAGCAGCUGCAGGCCGUCAUCGCCGCGGCCAGAGUCUCUGGUGCCGCCCUCCCCGGCCGCACAGCGCAGGCCCCUCCAGCGCCGCACCAGGCUGGGACCCCGGCAGGCCAGGCGCCGGCGCCGGGCGGGCACGACUUUGAUGCUCUGAUCACCGACCUGUUUGGACCUUGUGCCGGCGGCCAGGAGGGCGGCCACGCCUGGCUGGCGGAGCUGCUGCUGCCUGCUGUGGUGGCGAGGGCAUCCGCGCAGCAGCAGCAGCAGCAGCAGGUGAAGCAGGAGCAGGCGCUGCCUGGGGCCUUCCCUGCGGGACUGCCAAGCGCCCCACAGCAGCAGCUGCAGCAUCGCCAGGAGUGGAGCUACCAGCCGCCGCCACCCAGCUCGUUUGUGCCGUCCCCCGGCCUGCCAGCCUCAAGCUAUGGCGCAGCAGGCGCAGCAGCACCUGCCCACGCCCCUCUGCCUGCUCCCUUCCUGCAAGGCGACACCCCCACCCCGCAGCCCCUGCUGCCAGCUGGCCAGCUGCGCCAGCUGGCUGGCGGUCACGCUCCGCCGCCCGAAUCCCUGCAGCAAGCCCUGCAGAUGAUCCAGUGGCAGCAGCAGCAGGAGCAGGCUGCGCGGGAGCAGGAGCAGGCGCAGCAGCAGGCGCAGGAGCAGGAGCUGCUGCCGCUGGAGGAGCAGGCCCGCUCCAUACGCCUCUCCAUGAAGCUGUUCUCCUCCACGCCCGACCAGCUGCCGCCAGAGCUUCGGCAGGAACUGGCGGCGCUGCUUUGCUCACCCAACCUGGAAGGCUACCUGCGCCCCGGCUGCGACCCCCAGCAGCUGGCGCUGCUUCAGCAGCAGGGGCUGGCCGCCGCCUUGGAGCAGCUGCUGCAGGGGCAGUCGGGCCUGGGCAGCCUGCUGCAGAGGGUGCCAGCACUGGUGCAGCUGGAGGGUGAGGUGGCGCUGGUAUCUGCGGGCAGGGUGGUGCGCAUCCUGCAGCUCUCCUCCUGUGCUGGCAUCGUGCCCACCAUCAACAGCAUCAGCCCCAUCGCGCUGCACACCGGCCCUGCUGCUACUGCCAGCAGCAGCGGCGCUUCCAACGCCAGGGACAGCAUCCUGGUGCGUGGCCAGAACCUGGCUGGCCAGCAGCAGCGCCUGCUAGUGCGGUCUGGAGGCAGCUACCCCCUGGUCGAGAUCCUGGCCAGCAGCGGUACCGCUGGCGGUACCACCAGGGCCAGCGUCGCAGCCGCGUUUGAGCGCCCAGCGGAGGAGUGGCUGGAGAUCAGGCUGCCGCAGGCGCAGCAGGGCCUAUUCACUGUGGAGGUUCAGCGAGGCGCCCUGCUGGGCAGCAGCCGCGUGCUGCUGGCGCUGGACAACGCGGCGGCGGUGGCGGAGCUGCGCCAGCUGGAGGGCUGUACCGCAGGGUUUGCCAGCGUGGAUACCUUCCUGCGCAGCAUCGCUCUGGUACUGCAUCACCGCCAGGUGCAGGCGCAGCAGCAGGGCGGUACCACCACAGACGGCUCUGGCACAGAUGGCUUCGACCCUGCUUCAGGCACAGCCACAGACAGCGACCACCCAGCAGAGUCGGCCGCCGCGGCGCUGGCUGCCGCCGCCAGCAGCGCGGCCAGGGCGGGCGUCGUGGCGGCCUCCCGCCGCGGCUGGCCGGCGCUGGCGGCGCUGCUGCUGCCCAGCGUCGCGGCGGACGGCAGCUCUACUGAGCACGCUGUGCAUGCCAUGGACGCGCUGUGCCCUGCUGGCGCCACCCUGCUGCUCCUGGCCGCCGCCUCAGGCUCUGCCGCCGUUCUGGAGGCCUGCUUCUCGUGGGAUGUGGCGGCACCUGCGGGGCCAGCCGCCCUGACGCCGCUGCACAUCGGGGCGGCGGCUCGCAGCGGGCCGGUGGUCAAAGCGUUGUUUGAGAUGGACCCAGCUGGCGCCAGCCAGGCGUGGCACACCGCCCUCUCCUCCGACGGCCUCACCCCCGCGACCUUUGCCGCCUGGUCCAAGCAGCGGCAGCAGGAGCAGCAGCAGCCGGCCGUCCCAGGCGCAGCCCCGAGUGCAGGCAGCGCCGCCCUGUCGCUGAGCUCCCGUGCUGGGAGCAGCUGCAGUAAAGCUGGCAGCAGGCUGGAGGGCAGCAUGGUGCUGGGCCCCGUCGACGAAGAAGCCCCGGCAGAGCCCUCUGCGCUGCCGGCUCACAAGAGGCAGGGCAGCCGCAGCAGCCUGCCCGGGUCACCCACCGGCGUGGCGGCGGCCUCUGCUACCAGCGACAGCAGCGAUGGCAGCAGCCAGUUGCUUGGCCGCCUCAGCAGGCUCAGCGUGGCCAGCAGCGCCAGCCAGCCGGGCACUCCGCAGCGGCAGUGGAGCGCCGCCGCUAGCCUGCCGGGCACGCCGGGCAGCCGCCGCGGCGCCGCGCCCGCGCCCGCCACCCCCACCGCUGGUGUGGACAGCAUGCCGCGCCCCAGCAACCCAGGGACCCCGGCUGGCAGCGUGCUGGGGCCCAGCGCCUCCGCUUCGGCCUCACCUGCCGCGGCAGCCAAGGCUGCAGCUGGAGCUGGAUCCAUCUCUACUAGCAUCAUCGUCAGCGCCCAGACGGCCAGCCCUACCGCCGCGCUGCCAUCCCACGCCGCCCCCCCACCAGCCGCUCCGGGCAGCGGCAGCAUUCCAGCACAGCGGCCAGGCGGCGGGGGCGCCUGCUGGGCUGCCGGGCACGGCCUGCGCAAGUUGGGCGCGCGGCUGCUGCGCUGGUGCCGGGACGCAGGCCCCCGGCUGUGA